AUGAAGGCUUUCUAUCAGCUCUGCGUUCUGAUUGGCCUGGUUCUUAGAGCCCAAUCUGGUCCAACGCCAGCAACUACUGGCAAGGAGGAGAAGGUUUUGACUCUGAAAGUGACGGGAAACUGGGACGCUGAAACGCUGGAGGUGAUGAGGGAGCCUCAGGCUGUGGCUUCAGGUGAUUCUUAUAAUGUGGCUCCUGACGUCUACAAAUGGCCGACCAACCAGCUGACCUACAGGAUUGAGAGCUACACUUCUGACAUGUCUCAGGCCGAGGUGGACGACUCCAUUGCGAGAGCUUUCCAGGUCUGGGCUGAGGUCACUCCCCUCAGGUUCACUCGCAUUUACAGUGGAGUAGCAGACAUCAUGAUUUCCUUCGUUGUUGGAGAUCAUAGUGAUAAUUCCCCAUUCUCAGGACAAGGUGAUUUUGUGGCUCAUGCCUUUUUCCCAUCUCCUGGCCUUGGGGGAGACAUACAUUUUGAUGAUGAAGAGACCUUCAGCUUCUCAUCCUCUCAUGGAUACAACUUGUUCCUGGUGGCGGCCCAUGAAGUUGGACAUGCCUUGGGUCUUCACCACACCACGGAUCCUGGUGCUUUGAUGUAUAAAUUCUACAGCUCUAGAAACGCUGAGAAAUUCAUUCUGCCCCAACAUGACGUAGAUGCCAUUCAUGCUCUCUAUGGCCCAAACCCAGAUAAACCUGUUGACCCUGAGAAGCCUGAACCUACACGUCCAGUCACUCCUAAUGCCUGUGACUCUAACCUGGUUCUGGAUGCCGUUACAAUGCUGCGAGGAGAGAUGCUCUUCUUCAAAAAGGGUCUCUUCUGGCGAACUCAACCAUUCAACAACCAGAUUGAGCAACAUCUGAUCCAGAGCUUCUGGCCCGGGGCUCCAGAGAACAUUGACGCUGCUUAUGAGAAUCCAUCAGAUGACAUGGUGUACCUCUUCAAAGGUCAGAAGGUCUGGGCUCUCUUUGGAUAUGAUAUCGUACAGGGUUAUCCCAAAACCCUCCAGAGCAUAGGACUUCCUGCUAAACUCAAGAGGAUCACCGCUGCUCUUUAUGACCACGACACUGGCAAGGCACUGCUCUUCUCUGGAAAACAUUACUACAGCUAUAAUGCCAUCAAGAAGAAGAUGGACAAGGAUUCCCCUAAACGUGUGGAUGACCUCUUCCCUGGAAUGACCACCAAAGUUACAGCAGCGUUUCAGUACAGAGGUUUCACCUAUCUCUACAGCGGCUCACACAUGUACGAGUUUGAUACAGGAGCGAGAAAACUCAUCCGUGUGCUUAAAAACAACUACUUCCUGCCAUGCUGAUCAUUCUGUAUCACUCUACACCUGCCACGCAGAAAGUGGCACACAAGUCCCUUACCUAAAUUAUAGAGUCAACUGUUAAGUAAUUUAUUCAGUAUUUUAUUUUAUUUAAUUUAAAGUAUUAGAAGUGUAUUUCUGUAUUCAGACUGUGCAGCUCUUUUAAAUGAUUUUUUUUUACAUAUUUAGUCAGACUUGUAAUUUAUUCUAUUGUAUAUUAUUUUAUUUCUGUCAUUUGGAUGCUUGCCUUAUUCAAUUUAUUGAUUUACUUUUUUUUUACAUUUUAAUAAAGGAAUUAACAGAC